AUGGGAUUCCUCAAAAUUGGAACUCCAUUAAGUUGGGAGGAAGUGCAAAAAGUAAAAUCUCUAAUAAGGUUAUAUGGCAUACUACAGUUUGUUCAUACGUACAAAUGCAACAAAGACCGAGUGGACGAGAACAUCAUGUUUGGGGACGAAAUAGAAUACAUCGUUAUUCGCAAUGAUGAAAAUUUAAAAGAAUCUUCUGCUCUCUUAUGUGCAACAGAUUUGAUUGAUGAAAUGAUGAACUUAGAAAGUGUCACCUAUUGUCAGUAUGGAUCUCAUUGGACUCCAGAAUAUUCCUCCUUCACCAUUGAGGGCACACCUUCCGUUCCCUUCAAAUUUGAUAUAAAUUCGUCACCCUUUGUUGAAGAUUGCAUGCGCAUAAGGAGAAUAAAACUUAACAAUGUCCUCAGUGCCAUUACGGGAGUGCGCGCGAUCACUUUACCAUGCUUCCCAAACGCUCUCCUAGAGAAUAGCCUACUUAUGGCGAGAAGGAUCACCCAAGAAACGGGCAAGAGGAAGGGUGACAGGGGGAAAGGGGUCGGUUCAGCUGGAGACACGUUGGAGACGCCACGAAGGGAACAUGUGAAUGUAAAAGAAGCGGAAAGGGGGGACGAGAUGGUCAAACAGGGCGAGGUGGUCAGGCAAACCAUCACGCAGGGAGAAUACAAAAUCACCCUCAACGAUAGCACGCAGACGUAUGCGGACGAGGGUAAGUCUACCCAGUUUGUCAACUCCGAUGUGAUUGCCCAAAAGAAUGACGACUCGUCAAUGCAGGAAAUGUGCGGGGAGGAAGUGGCGGACGCGGACCAGGAGGAGCAGCCUGACCAAGGGAACCAAUCCAAUGAAUCAAAACAAACCAAGCAGGCGACCCCGGCGAAUCAACCCAUCUUCAUCAACGAGGCGAAGGAAAACCUCCUCUUCGAAUGCGACCUAUUCAAACCGGAACAGACAAAGAACUACAGCAACAGCUGCCUUAUCACCGACAUGGUGAUUAGUCCACACGCCAGGUACGUCACUCUAACUAAGAACAUAAGGAAAAGAAGGGGGACGAAAAUCAUUUCAUUUAAUGAGAUAUACAAAGAUGAGAACACAGAGAAGAUGCCCAGAUGGGAACACUCGCUGGACAAAACAGACAGGAGACUUUUCAAGAAAAUAAAGAAAAGGUACGUCCUGGAUGAGCACCUGAUUUGGAACAAGUCUAUGACGAGGAAGAAGAGAGUAGAACCCGUCCGCUCGGAUUUUCAUCCAAGUGGAGCAGAAGCCACUUGGCCAGCAGCGAUAGAAGCGGAAGAGGAUCCUUGCUCGGAGGACGCUCUCAUCACGCGGACCAACAUAAUCGACGAAGUGAUAAAAAAUAGUCUGUUCAGCAAUCUGGACGACGAGAAGGACCACAUCUAUGUGUAUGAUCGGAAGUUUAUCCAGGAGUACUCGGAGAAGUGCAAGAAUCCAAUUAAGAAUUAUGUCUACCUAGAUGCAAUGUUCUUCGGAAUGAGCAUGUGUUGUCAGCAAGUGACCAUGUCCUUUCCAACAAUAGAUGACGCGAAGUAUUUAUAUGACCAGCUAGCUGUGAUCGCCCCGUUGUUUUUAGCCCUAACGGCAUCAACCCCUUAUUUAGGAGGAUUUCUCACAGAGACGGAUACCCGGUGGAGAGUCAUAUCAAAUAGUGUUGACUGCAGAACGGAGGAGGAAUUAGCCUACAUUUCGAAGCCAAGAUAUUCAGGCAUAUCUUUGUACAUUUCUAAUGAGUUGCCACUCAGGAAGAACUACCAUUUUUAUAACGACAUAGAUGUCGUGUUGGAUAAGAAUGUGUAUGAUAAACUGGUAAAAGAAAAUGUGGAUGAUUUUUUAGCCAGACAUGUUGCCUCUCUCUUCGUUAGGGACCCCAUCGUGGUUUUUGAAGGAUCGUACAGUGAAAAGGAUAUACAGUCCAUUGAGGGGGGAAUCGGCGAGUCGGCUUCAAAAAUGGCAGUAGAGGGGGGCAUGGGCGAGUUGGCUUCAGAAAUGGGACUGGAGGAGUCUUCUUCCCCGAGCAGGGAUUCCUUCCCCAGAAGAGAUUCCGCCCCCGAUUGCGGCAGUAGGCAAGAACAGAAACCCAUGAAGAACCCCAACCCCAUGAACCGCGUCUACCUGAGGGACGACUUCACCUUUUUGGAGGACUACGAAGAGACUGUGUUAUCCUCCCAUCAACACUUCGAAAAUUUCCAAAGCACCAACUGGAACAGCGUGCGGUUUAAGCCCCCACCCAUUCUGAGCAGCCACUGCAAUGGGCCAAGUUCCAUAGGAUGGAGAGUAGAAUUUCGCACUCCAGAUAUUCAGAUCACUGACUUUGAAAACGCAUCAGUCGUUACGCUCAUCAUGGUAUUGUCCAAAUUUAUCCUAAAGGAGAAGCUAAAUCUGUACAUUCCGAUGUCUAUGCUGGAGGAAAAUCUUUUCCGUUCCGCAAAGAGAGAUUCCAUAUUUAAGGAGAAAUUCUACUUCAGGAGGGAUCUAACUUAUGACACGGAGGAUAAUCAAGUGGAGGAAAAGACCCUAUACGAUAUUUUUUUUAACCACCACAAUGGUAUUUUCUUUCUCUGCUCCAAGUACAUUGAGGAGCAGUUCAGAGAGGGGCUACUCUCCCAUGCAGCCAAGAACAAAAUAGACGAAUACAUCGAAUUUGUGAAGCAGAGAUGUGCUGGAAAAAUCUGCACCGGUGCUGCAUACCUGAGAAACUUCAUUUUGAAUCACCCAGCGUACGAAAAGGAUUCCUAUAUCAAUAGCAGGAUUAAUUACGACAUUUGCAAGCUCAUAGCAGAUAUAGGGAAGGGGCUGAUCAUCCCGCAGGAACUUCUGGGCGUGUUUGUGGACCCUUACAAAGAAAGAAUCAAAAGUGAUUUGCGUCAAAUUAACGAAAGCCAGUAUGUGAAGAGCUUGGCUUAUAAGUUCAUCUCCGGGGAGGACUACACACAGUACCUGCUGCUCAGCGAGGCCAUUAAGGACGACCAGGAUUACUACACCGGUACGCGGCGCACCAACUACGAGGAGUCCAUGGAUAACAACACCCUGGAGUUUGGGAAGAAGCUCUACCAACUGAGCGCUUAG